AUGCUUCCACGCGCAAAGCUACGUGACGAGCCCUUUAAAAGAACUCGAGGUCGCCCUCUUAGAUUUAUUUCUCUUCGAUCUGCUUUACGCAAAUCUCUUCAACCUUUUACAUAUCAAAAAAUGAAAGAUGAUAUCAAAGACUUAACGAUCCGCUUUGAAAAAUUACAAAAUAAGCAUAACAAGCAAUUAAAAGAUAGCUCGAAGAAAAAAAUCGCUUUAAGCGAAUCGCUUAAAGCGUCGGAAACUACGCGCGAAGCAAACCUUAAAUCUCAUUCGAAAGCAAUUGAGAAAUUACAACAACAACUUACUCGUGCUCAAGAAAACAAAGAUCGCUUUAAAGAACAAGCGCGUUCUAAAGAACAAGCUUUAAUUGAAGCUAAUCGAUCUUUAGCUAAAGUUACUCAAGCUUUAAAUGAAGCUAAAGAUAACUACGAAAACUUCACUUGGUCUGACUACGCUUUAUCUCCAGCUAAAAGGCUUAUCGAAGAACCCGCUAGCGCCAGGAGUUCAGCCCACCUUAAUACAACUACUGAUAUUGAAGAUUCAAUUAGUAUUUCAAAUGCUAGAACUACCCUUAUUCCGAACAAUUCACUAGCGUCAACUGAUAACGCUAAUAGAACUAGCGCUAUAGAAGCAGCUAACGCCUUCGAAUUAAUGACUUUACUUUAA